AUGCCUCCUGUUGAUUAUAGUUUCAUGUCUCAUAUUAAGUUAGAACAUUCAGAUAUUGGUGAAAUUGUUGAUGAAAUUGAAGAAGAAGAGUUGUUGGAUGAAGAUAGUAUGGAAGAAGACGAGGAAGAAGAAGAAAUCAUGAAUGAGUUAGAAAUAGGAAUGGAGUAUGAUAUACAUGUGCUUGAUCAAGGCAAUCAACAAACAAGUGGAAGAAGGACUAGAACAGCUCGAAUGCAAGUGAAUACUAACUACAUUCGAUACAAUAUUCAAGUGCCUCAAUCCAUUCUUGAUGACACCUAUACUGAUGAAAUUGAAGAAGAAGAAGAAGAGGUGGUUGAGGAAGAAGAUAUGUCUGAGUAUUUUGGAAAAAGUACAUGUUAUGUUACUUGUGUUAUGGACAUAGACACCAACGAAGAUGAUGAGGAACAAGAUGCAUGUGCUAUCUGCUUACUUGAAUAUAAAGAUGAAGAUAACAUUGGCACACUUCAAUGUGGCCAUGAAUUUCAUGCUGAAUGCAUCAACAAAUGGUUGCACAGGAAAAAAUCAUGUCCUUUUUGUAGAGCUUCAGUAUUGCCCACAAACACAUCACUGUCUGACAUUAUUCUGUAA